UUCGUAAGAAAUCCCGACGGGGCUCACCAAACGAAGGAAGAAAAAAACGACCGACUAGGAGCAAACCGUUGAACGACGUGCACUUACACCGCAAACAAUAUGGCGUCGCGGCGGCACCGAGAAGUUUUCUAGCCCGGGUCGAUAUAAAAGUUGGCGCAUGCGUUCGUCCGUAUUACAUCCUAACGCACCCGUUAAUGUUUACUACAAUAGCCAGUGGAUUUUAUCAGAAAUAAUAAAUUAAGAAAAAGAUGUUCGAGCUAUAUGGACUCAGUAAGGAUGGAAUGUUGUAUCGUUCACCACCACCAACUCGAAAGGACGUUGAUAUAUUGGAGACUUGCUUACAACUUUCUUCUCCAGAACUUAUGAGAAAAUUACCUAAUGGCGAUGCUUUACAUCACGUUAAGGAGCCAAAUGUUUCGACUUCAUUAGAUAAAAACAAAGAUGCUUCGAGAGAAAAUGGACGUAGCAUGAGACGAUGGAUAAUUACGGUAGGAAUCUUUUUUUUCGGAUGCGCCUUAGUCGUCGCCGUAGGAUUACCAUUGGGACUGGAACUUCGGAGUUCUCAUCUUCUAGAAGCGAGAUUGCAGGUCGUCCGGAGAAUGCUUUCAGAAGUUCCAUUGAUCGAUGGUCACAACGACUUUGCUUGGAACUUACGAAAACAUCGAGGAAAUACGAAACUGCAAGAUUUUCCGUUCGACGAAGACGUUUCAAGAAACUCUACUUGGGGCCCUCAAUGGCAAACCGAUCUUGUACGUUUACGUCAAGGUAUCGUAGGCGCACAAUUUUGGUCAGCAUACGUCCCUUGCGAGGCUCAAUUUCUAGAUGCGGUGCAACUUACUCUCGAACAAAUUGAUGUCGUUCGAAGACUCACUUCGAAAUAUUCAACGAAAAUAAGACUGGUAAAGACGAGUGGCGAACUCGAAAAGGCUCACAAGGACGGGGUUAUUGCUAGUUUAGUAGGGAUCGAGGGAGGUCACAGUAUCGGUACUUCUAUGGCGGUACUUAGGAGUUUCUAUCGUCUUGGUGCACGUUAUAUGACCUUGACACACAAAUGUAAUACACCCUGGGCAGACUCCUGUUCCGUCGAAGAUCCAGAUAGAGUAGCUCCUGCAGAUUUUCAGAGCGAUGGGCUUUCGAGUUUUGGAAAAGCUGUUGUCAGGGAAUUAAAUCGAUUGGGAAUGCUCGUUGAUCUUUCUCACGCUUCGAUCAGAACUAUGAAAGAUGCAUUAUCUAUAACAAAGGCACCUGUUAUAUUUUCGCAUAGCGCUGCCAGAUCUCUUUGUAAUUCAUCUAGCAAUGUACCAGACGACGUACUUCGAAAUUUGUCCGUUAAUGGUGGAUUGGUCAUGGUUAGUUUCGACAGUGCAUACCUUAGCUGUGGAGAUAAGGCUUCCAUGCACGACGUUAUAGCUCACAUAAAUUAUAUACGCCGAAUAGCUGGCGUUAAUCACGUUGGCCUAGGAGCCGGUUACGAUGGAAUCCUAAGUCCACCUACAGAACUUCCAGAUGUUUCCGGAUAUCCAUUGUUAUUGGCAGAAUUAACAAGGGAUAGACUGUGGUCCGCUUCGGAUAUAAAGAAAUUAGUCGGUGGAAAUUUGUUACGUGUUUUGAAGGAAGUAGAAAAUCAUGCUAUUGUUGUAUUACAUCAAUCUCCGGCUGAAGAAUGGAUACCACAAGAACUAAUAGAAGAUUCUUUUAAUUGUAUAAGUAUAGAUGCUUAAUUGUAAUUCCAAUUAAUUUUGAUGACUUAUUUUUGUUUUUUAUAAAUAACAAUCCAGUUUAAUAGAUCUUGUCAGAAUAAUGUUAUAAAGGAAUUGUUUUCUUUUCUUUACGAUAAUUUUUUUUUAUUCCAUAGCAUCGAUAUGAAAUAUUCUAUAUUCCUACGAGGAAAGAAACGUCGGCUAUUUUUGUCGAACAUUUGUGUUCAUAGCGAUAUUGCGAAAUCAUUUUGAGAAGGGGAAGCCUUUCCGGAAAUGUCCUUAACGCUUAACACGAUCAUUGGAAUAGGGUGUACCUGGCCUCGACUAUUUGAUAUUUUUUAAUAAAGUGUGUUAUCAGGCUAUUAUAAAUCACACUGUUCCAUUUGAUUAAAAUUUUUGUAUAUCGAGACAAUGUAUUUCCUCUUCGCAUGACUCGUCAUUUUCUUUUUGACCUAUGCGUUCUGAUAAAAUUCUAACGAUAAGUUUAUUUAUUCUGAGUCAGAAACGAGUUAAGUAAUAACGGAGAGUUUUACUAUCACAAAGGAGUUGCCAAAAUGAGGAUGCACGUGUUAGCGGCCUACGCUCCUAAGAUUAAAGAAAAUUGUCGAAUGUAUACGGCCAAUCAAAUCGUAACAUUUGGAACCUACUGCCUUUAUUAACUAAUUUUAUACGUUACUUUUUGACGAUAAUAUAUUUCAAACGCGUUAAGAACAAUACGACAUUUUAAUAAAAUAUAUAAACUUAUCUUGAAUAAUAUGAUGUUAAAAAAUAGACGAUAAGAAUGAUUGUAUUAUUUAACGAAUCAAAUGUACUCGUUAAAAUGGAACGAAGAAGAAAAGUAAACAGGAAAAUAGUUAAGCAGGAAAUAUACUUAAAUAACAAGAAGAAACGACUAUCUGUACUAGUUUUCUUCGAAUAAAGUUAGCUUCGAUCAGA